AUCGUCGUUGUCUGUCAGUCCCGUUUCCCGGCGCGGCUUCUUCUUCCUUCAUCUCUUCCCUCGUUCGGAUCUGCUGCUUUCCAUCCACUCUUUAUUUACCUUUAGUCUCUCUACUUUCCUCUGACUAAUUGACCCAGUCUAUCCUUUCUUUUCUGCUGCUGCUGCUUGCCCACUCCAGCUGCUGUCAUUCUCUUAUUGCCAAGCACAGGCACACUAUCUAUCGGUGUGCUUUCUGUCACUCCCUCUCCUCUGGCCCGCGGAUCCCCGUCCUCCAGCUGCCUCGCUCCCUUUUCCCUCGCUCCCUUUCCCUUUCCUAUCUGUUCUUUUCUUUCUUCUUCCCUUUGUCAAUCAGUCAACUUUUCCAGUUCCUGUUCCAUCGGCUUGUCCGUGUCUCUUAUCAUCUCAUAUAUUUAUAUUUAUGACUAUCGUCCGAUCAUAGCACUUUCCUCCCCCAUGAUCUGAGGGGUUAUCGCUACAGCUGCCCUCCCGCCGUGCAGCAAACUCGCAGGGGUGUGUCUCUCUUCUUCGUGUCACCCGUUUCUCCAUCGCUGUCGAGUCGACCUCCUUCCCUUCUCCCGCGACAAUGAACUACCUCCAGCAUCCCUACACCUUUCCCGGCCAUUCGGCCGUACCGAUGGACCCGUCGUCCAUCGCCUUGGAUCCUGCUAUGCCGCACCCGACAAUGCUACAGACCCCCGAUGGUUACCUGUUCCCGUAUCAACCCUUCGACCCCGUCGACUUUUAUGCACACCCCAUCAUGGACUACGAGGAGUACGCGGAGAAUAUGUCCCGCCCGCGGUUGACCAAGGAGCAGGUGGAGACCCUGGAGGCUCAAUUCCAGGCUCAUCCCAAGCCCAAUAGCAAUGUCAAGCGACAAUUGGCCGCUCAGACUAACCUGAGCCUUCCACGAGUUGCUAAUUGGUUCCAGAACCGACGAGCCAAGGCCAAACAGCAGAAACGACAGGAGGAGUUUGCCAGGAUGCAAAAGGCCAAAGCGGAGGCUGAGGAGGCUGAGUCAAACAAGUCUGGGUCCGCCAGCAAUCCAACAGAACAGACCCAGGAUUCCACAACGCCAAAACGGGGCACGGAUCAGGAGACUUCUACCCCUAAACCGUCAUCUACAGUUUCUGUGUCCGUCAAUCCUGCAAAGUUGUCUCCCCAAAGCUCCUCUUCCUCUUCCUCUUCGACUUCGUCUUCGUCACAAAUCGGCAACCACAAGUUCUCAGGUAAUAAACCAGGUCAGGAACGCAUGCCGGCAUCCUCCCAACAGUCGGUGAACUCCACCGUCUCAAUCAAGGCCAACCCUUCUCAAGGAUCAGAGGACACUGGCGCGCGGGUACAGUCGUCUACUUCGGGGCUCAGGGCCAGCGACUGUGAACGGUCCUUUGCAGAAUGGGAGAGUAUUGCAAGAUCCUCUGUUGCGUGGACCCCGUCACAGAGCCCCGAGCAAUCUUUCGCGUAUACCAACUUAAACACGACGUCAUUUCCUUCGUCUACUGAAUCGCUGGCUAUCUCGCAAUUAGAAAAUCUUCCGUACCGAAGCCGCAGUGGUGGGGAUGCCUACAUGAGGAUGUCCUUCACGCAGCAGCCAGGGGAGGAAUGGGCCAGCCGUCCAGUUUCUGGCAAUCAUGGGGUCAACACCACUGAACCCACGCACAACGCCAUGUCCUAUGCCCCUUCCAUUCAGCAUCCCGCAGACCCUCUGCCAAGGCGAGACUCUUCGGAUGAGCUCGUUGAUUCUCUGGAAGGCGUCGGCAUUGAUAACACAAAGUCAUAUGGUCUGCCCCAGCUAUCGCAGAGAGUGGACGCCGCAGGUUCCUGGAAGGUUCCCAAUAAGAAGAUCGAUCUUGCGGCUCGGAGAAAACGGCCAAGGCCUGCUGCAAUUGGGACUUGUGGAUCGAACAAUCCGCGAGUCGCGCCGGCUUCCAUAUCCCCUACGGCCAGAAUCUCAAGCUUUGGCCCCAGCCAGGCUGUGAGACACACCAAGUCGGCUCAAUCUCUGAAUUCACGGUAUGCUGGUGUUCGAAAGGCUUCUGCGACUCCACGGUCACCCUUCAACCUGCCCACUUUUGCAGAGACCGGUGCGUUGAACUCGGCUAAAGUCGAGAUGUCAAAGAGACUUCGGCCGUCUGUGUCAGCCAAUACCUUGGCACCAACGACACCCCUGACCCCGGAUGAUUUCCAUAGUUUCAUGCCGACAACUCCCUCGGAUGGAACUUUCUACAUGUCGACUACCCAAGCGGGCGACGACUUCUAUUCUGCCACAGCGCCCUCUCAGGCGAAUCUUGCAUCGCCCCCCUCAACGCCCCUACCCAUGACCACGGUUGCGCCAUUUGCAUACCAAAACCUUGCCCCCCCAAUGUCUGCGCCCGCUCAUUAUACCAAUUUUCCAGACUACAUAACCAAUCUGGCAAUGGGCAACUGGCCAGAGACGGCUCCGGAAGACGCCUCAUUCCAGAAUCCCGUUCAUCUGUCCCAAUCCAACGUCACAUCCGUUACGUACAAAUCAACCGUUGACCAAAGCCGUCCGAACGGCGAAAAUGUAUCGUUUUCGGGAUCGCCAAAUCUGGAAUACUCGGUCAAGGGCGCUUCGGUGCCAGCUUCAACUGAUAUCAAAAAUGUCACUGGAUUCUACAUUCAGGAAUUCCCGGGGCAGCAAGGGGACAAUCGGUUUCCAAGCCAGGAACUUAGGUCACAGAAAUCGAAAUGCUAUAAUACAUUCAACCAGCAAACGCCAAGCGAUUUUUGAACUGUGAAAACGAAGGUAGUCAGCGCUUCUUUGGGCAGGAGUAAAUGUUGUUUUUUGUUUUCGGUGCGCAUCUUGAUUUCAUAUAUGUUUUGGCCUUUUAGCCCGUUGGCAUUCUAGAGCGAUACAUCCUGGGAUUUCGGAUUUUACGUGUCUGGGAAAUAAUUAUUUCGAGUUGCUUGGGAGUCCGCGAUGGAGGAUUUUGCUUGUUUAUUUGUCUUGGCUUUGUGAAAGGAUAAUUCAGGAUUGAUCAUUGGCUGAAGUUGCGAUCAAAAAGAAUUGAGUGAUGGGACUGAUUGUCUGGCAUGAAGCUAUUGUGUAAUACAAUAAAUAAUAUCUAGUACGAGUAAUGUUUAUCAAUGAGAUAUUUUAGGUUGUUGGAAUUGAGCGUAUUCAGGAACUGUUCUGAGUACGGUAUCAC